UAAGGCUUUGAGCAGAGGCGCGAGGGACUGUUCGCUUUGGACGCCGCCGCCUUACCUGUAUUUACCACGGUCCUCCCGUAGUGCCAAGCCACAGUCUCGUCCUCCGCCCAGCUCAGCCCAGCCCUCCCCCGGGGCCAAGAGGCAGUGCUGCAGCUCCUUUUGCGGGGCCAUGAAACGGGAACCGCCGCAGCCUCCUUCCGCCGGGGGAGAGCAUCCCUCUGGGCGGCAGCAAGAGGAGGUCUCCUCCCCCGCGGAAGAUGCACCUCCGAAGUCUCCGCUUUGGAUCUUCGGCUACGGCUCACUGGUGUGGAGGCCGGAUUUCGAGUUCACCUCUCGCAAAGUGGGCUACAUCCGCGGCUACAGCCGUCGCUUCUGGCAAGGAGACACUUUCCACCGAGGCUCCGAGAAGAUGCCUGGAAGAGUGGUCACCCUCCUAGAAGAUUAUGAUGGGUGCACGUGGGGUGUUGCCUAUGAACUUCGUGGAGACCAAGUUGCUGCCUCACUGAAGUAUCUAAAUAUGCGGGAAGCAGUGCUAGGUGGCUAUGACACCAAGCUAGUGAAGUUCCAUCCCCAGGAUAAAGAGGGUGGUGAGCCUAUCCUGGCCCUGGUUUACAUUGCUACCCCUCAGAAUCCUUCCUACCUUGGCCCAGCAUCAGAAGAGGACAUUGCUGCUCAAAUAAUUGUUUCCAGUGGCCGUUCAGGCCACAAUAUAGAGUAUCUCCUGCGACUGGCGGACUUCAUGCGCUACUGCUGCCCUCAGGUAGAGGAUGAGCACUUGUUUUCAAUUGAGGAGGAGCUCAUCUCUAUCUUACCCUGCCUGUACCAUGGAGAGGAAUCUUUAGUAGAAGAAUGAACAUGACUCCGCCUGCCAGAGGAGCUAAGAGAGGACUUUAAUCAAGGAGAAAAGAUGCACCUUUUUAAUGCAAGUAGUCAGAUCAAUAGGAUUGGUGGAUGAAGUAGUGAGUAGGACAGCACUCCACACAGAUACUUUUUAAACUGUACCUGACUAGUGAAUUAUGCUGGGAAUGCAUAACUGACUGAAAAACAAUGGCUUUAAGAAGCCUAACUUAAGCAGUGUUAUUUUCUCAUCUUCAGGUGGCUGAAGACUCAGUGUGCUUUCUUUUCAGUAUUUGAGGCCCCUCUCAAGCAAAGACUUGGCUGCAAUAUUGAAACACUACAAACUUUGCUGCCCCUCAUAAACUGGCAGAGCCACUGGGGUGGUGAAGGAGACUGGGCUGUAUGCAUGUUCCAGGUCUAAGGGAUUGGCCUUGUCCUUCUCUCUCCAUCCUAUUUGAUGGUGACUUAACCCUCAUGCCUAUGCCGGGGUUCCAGUGCAAUAUGAAUUCCUUGCCUUCUGUAGGCUCUGAUGGGGCCAAAUGUCCUCAAACAUGUCUUAAAUUAGCAGUUGAUGCACUAAACUUUUUAUAACUUGAAGAUGUAUUUAUUGUAAUGAAUAUAUAUAUUUCCUAUGGGAAAACA